AUGUACAAAGAACACAGCUCUGCUUACAAACCCCCCUCCAUCACCACUCCCCAUAAUCCCCGGUCCAAGAAAACAGAACCUCGCCAACCAUACUCAAACCCUAUUCCAAACCAAAUACAGCGUCACAGCAUGAGUCUUCGAGUUCAAGAACCAAGGCACCUCCUCACUCCCAACCGGCGACCUAUCCCCCUCAAGCUUGAUCUGCAUAUUAUAAAACUCCAUCCAACACUUGCCCUCUCCAGCCGGCAACGUCGAAUAAGCCCACAACUCGGGGAAACUCCCCGCGCCGCACCAAAAAGCGUACCGACCCUUCCCCUCUGCUUGCCCGCGGUUGAGGUCGGUGCAUGUCCCCGCCGAGGACUUGAGAGGCUCGUUUUGGCUCCAGUGGUCGAAGGUCGCGCAUUUGUUGCGGUCGAGAGUCCAGAGGCCCGUCGCGGUGAGACAGCCGCGGAUCGAGGCGGCGUCGACGGGGGCGAGGAUGUCGACGGUGGAUGAGGGGACUACGUCGAUGUAGCCGCGGCCGACGAUGGCGUCGCAGCCGGGGCCUUGACGGGGGAGGAGGGCGCUGGCGUGCGCGGUGAGGGUUAGGAGGGAGGUUGUGAGGAGGGCUGAGAAAUGCAUUUUUGGGUUUGAGGAAGGGCUCUUGGACUUGAGAAAGAGAAUGAGUUUCGAUUCUGAUGAUGCAAAGAUGAUGGUUCUUGUCAAGAAUCAAUGUUCAAAUGGCAAAACAACAGACCACUGAUGAUGAGCCUUUUCCCGUGGACUUCUUGCUCAUUAUAUAUAUACUUUUCCCUCCAUUCCCAUACAUCCUACACACUCCUUCUCCACAACUAUAACAGGUGAUAGUGUCUACGGAAUAAUAGCCCACUACGCUACACUAACCACCGCGCACAGACACCUACAUUCCCUUGCUUUUGCUAGGAACAACAGUUUGGGGCAGAAAAACAAAAAGCCCCCCACCCCUGCGUGCUACAAACAGCUUUCCCGAUCGAGAAGGCAGCAGCGCAAAUUAAAGGAUUAAUGGAUGCAGUUGCACUUGCAAGUGUCGCCGCAUUACCGUUGUAUUAGUUGUGAUUGCGAAGCAGGGCGAGGAAUCUGCCUUGGGGCCAGUUCGAACGGCGACCUGCCGUUUGAGGGGAGCUGGAUGUAGGUAGGGUAGUGCUGCUGCUGCUGCUGCUAUUUGUCGAUUGACGUCACGGAGGAGAGAUUCCUGGUCGUUCGAGACUUUUCUUUUGAUCGAAUGUGGAAAAUGCUAGAUUUGCUAGGUUCGGUCUUGAGCGAUUCGUUGCUGCUGGGGAGCCGAGGAUGUUGUGAGUAUGGUGAUGUCCGGAUCCGAUAUUGUUCUCCCUUGGAGUCUUUCGAUAUUCGCUGAAUCCUGAGCAUAGACAGAAAACCAUCCUUUUUUUCGUUCAAGGGAAAAACGAACAAUUGAUUUGAAUGACAAUUCAUCUUGUUAAUCGCCUUCUUUUUUC